AUGUGCACAAAAGUCACUCUAAAACACACGACAUGCAACCACGACUUCUGGGUCCGCCGCAACUGCCCCCGCCACCCAACAUGCAAUUUCCCCACCGAAGUGAUUCGCGAGCGCGGAGGCUCGUACACAGCUUCGAGGAAACAAUCGACUAGCGACGUACAAAAGACGUCAUAA